CCUCUAACAUUCACUUCUCCCAAAGCCCAUACAAUGCUCAAUACCUUUACGUGGUUGAUCACUGGGUCUAAUCGAGGUCUCGGCCUGGAGAUGGUCGAGCAACUGCUCCAGUCACCGACCCACACCGUUAUUGCCACAUGUCGCAAUCCAGACAAAGCGACCGCCUUACAAGACCUCCGUACCAGAUUCCUUGGAAACCUACACAUCGUCAAGCUCGAAGUGACGGACCAAGCCUCCAUCGAGGAGUGCGUGAAAGCGGUGGAAAUUGCACUUGGUGAUCGCGGUCUAGACUAUCUCUUGAACAAUGCAGCUAUUUCUGAGCAACGUGAUACGGCGUUCAAUUUUAAUGCUCAAGGUUACAUCGACACUUUCUACACUAACGUCCUCGCACCCGCCAUGAUCACACGAGCGUUCUUACCUUUGCUGGAGAAAGGGAAACGAAAAGUUAUCUUGAACAUGUCCAGUCAGCUCGGUAGUAUGGCUUGGCGGUUCGGGGCUCCUUAUGCCACCUAUGCGUCUUGCAAAGCCGCUCUGAACAUGAUGACCACAAAACAAGCAGCGGAAAGACCGGACUUGAUCGUCUUCUGUAUGUGCCCCGGUUGGUGCAAGACAGACUUGGGCGGAGAGGAUGCUCCUCUCGAUCCGAAAGUAACGAUGGCAUCCCUGCUCAAGUUUGUAUCAUCUGCCACUUCCGAACAUUCCGGCAGGUACUGGAGAUGGACCGGAGAAGAGCUCGAAUGGUAGUACAGAUAUGACGUUCUAUGAUAUACUGAGUAGUCCUUUCAUUGGAGAUGUAUGGUUCUACGUAGAUAAUGUCAAAACAAAAAAACUUCUCUCAA